AUGGACAGGAAUAAAGACGGGCUGAUCAGUGUCUUGAGGGGAAUCAGCGUGAUUGGCAUAUUCUGGAAAUGCGCACGGAUAGGCGAGCGCCUCAGUCCAUACGUUAGCAUCUUUUGCAUUGCUAUGGCUCCUAGCGUCGUUGUGAUCGGCACCCUUCCUCCUAAGAAAUUGACCUUUUGA